UUUACGACUUUAGAACGUUUUGGGGUAGUUUACACAGCAACCUUAGGGCUAUCGUAUUUUGCAGUUUUUGUUUUUUUAAUCUGUAUCAAAUGAAAAAUCCUCAAGCAUGACAGAUGCUAUAGCAACAGAAGAAGACAUAGAAAGUGGCAAUGAAAUGGUCCAAAAAGCUUCGUGGGAACACGAAGAACUUGCACAGGUUCGUAUUAAAGUUAUAAAGGCACAUGGUGCUGCUGUAAACAGCUGUGAAUUCUUUGACGAAGAUCAGAAGAUUCUUUCAGGAUCGAGCGACCGCACUGUGAAGCUGUUUAAUGUAGAAGAUGGGGUCUGCUUACAGACAUACAACACUAAACAUACUGAUAUUAUUACUGAAGCCAGAGGCUCAACGGAUGGUUCAAAGUUUGUUACAAGCAGCUAUGAUAAGUCAGUGCAGAUGUUUGAUUUCCAAACAGGAAAACAGUUGUGGACUGGUAAACAUUAUGGAAUGGCUAUGUGCUGUAAAAUCUCUAGUGAUGGUAGCAUGGUCGCCUCAGGCUCAGACCUAGACAACUGUCUCAACAUUUGGGAUGCUGAUUCUGGACAGAUUAUACACACAAUUCCAGAUCUACACAAGAGCACUAUUACAAGUGUGAUGUUUGCUCCAGACAAUGAUAAAGUAAUCACCACUUCAAUGGACAGAACAACAAAAUUUUUUGAUCUCAAAACCAAGAAAAGCACCAUACAUCUACAGGGUCAUAUAAAUAUAGUUUCAAGUUGUGAUAUUACCAAAGACGAGCGCAAGUUUGCUACAGCAUCCUGGGACAAGAAUAUUUGUAUCUGGGAUAUCGCUACAGGAACAUACAGAUCAAAGGGGCCAGUGAAACUAUGUGCAGGUCAUGAGGGGUCAGUGAGCUGCUGUAAAUUUAGUCCUGAUGGUUUAAUGCUGGUUUCUGGUUCCUAUGAUCAGACAGUUGUAGUUUGGGAUAUAGAAAAUGAGAUACAGAAAAUAAAACUUCAGGGUCACACUGAUUGGGUUGAGGAUGUUUGUUUCAGUCAGGAUCAGACUUGGCUCACGUCUUGUGCCAGGGAUGGUACAGUUCGGUUAUGGAAUAUUGAAGAUUCAGACAAGAUACCUAUAGUGCUAGAAAAGAAGAAAGCCAUUGGUGUGAAGAUUACAAAGUGUGAGAAUUGUGGCAAGCCUUUCUCCAUGGCACAGCUGGAUGACCUGAAGGACCUGACUAGGUGUGUUUUCUGCAGAGUUCAUACAUCAGACUUGUACUUUGAGAAAAUGCGCACAGAAUCAUCCGCUGCAGAAAGAACAGACCCCACCGAUCCCGAGACUUGAACAUUUACCAUACGUUAAUCAUACCUUUGUGAAGUCUGAGUGCUCUAAACAAUGUAUGACUGUGCUUUUUUUCUAAAAUCAGUUCCAACAUCAUAGAAGACUUUAGACAGAGAGCUGAUACAUUAUAAAAGAGAUGAGAACAUUAUAACAUAGGUCAGUCUCAGCAAUAAGUCAACAAUCACUUUGAUCUGAAACAAGGCUUUUGAAUAAUUUAACUGUUUAAGUUAAAAAAAGAGAUGUGUUCUCCACUUACUUUUUAUCAAGAGGGAAAUUAUAAAUUUUCAGAUGACUUUUUUUUUUCAAGGUCUAUGAACUGUCAGGUAUUUCUAAACUUGGUCAGUGAAAAAUGAAAUUUCAAAUAAGUUGGGGAAACUAUUUUUCAUGUGGCCAAUCAGAAAUUUCAAGCAAUGGAAUCCUUCCACCUUCAAACUAAAAUUUACUUGUGUUGCUUUGUUAUUACAAUUUAUGUACCUUCUGUACCUCAUUUUAACACACUAGCAUUGUGUAACCUUCAGAUGUUCACAUCUGUAAAAGUAUUAGAAUAAGCAGUAAAUUAAUGGAUUGGGUCACUUGAAGAUGAAGGAGGAGGAUGCUCACAAAAAAUGGUAUUGGUCAGUGACAAUCAUGACACAGCCAGUGAAAAAUCUGGGAAAAGUCAGAGAAUUCUAUUUGUCCAUGUUUGUGUCAACCUGAAAGUACCCCAAAGUGCUCUGUCAAGUAUAUUUUUUAUCUAAACUAAGGGUGACCUGUUUUUGAGUUAUGAUAAUUGUCUUGAUCAACUUUUGUAAGAAACUAAGAAUAUUCCAAGUUUAUUUGCUAAAGAAAAUGUAUGUUAUAAUUAUACAGACUUUACCUUAAUCUCUUCCUUAAACAGGAGUAUAAAUGGCCUAAUUGAUUUCUUCAUUCUGCUUCUAAUGAACGAGACUGUUGAAAAAAAAUAGCUGACUCAUGUUAUAUACAAAUUUUUUUAAUGUUUUAAUUAAGAAAUGAUUAUAGCAAAAGAGUGUUUUAACACUAUUUAUGCACGAUGGGCGGUUAUACAACGGGUGUAAUAAUUUCACGAGGGUGCAUCCAGAGUGAAAAUAUUUGUAUGACGUAUUACCGCCCCAAGUGUAUAAAUAGUGUUAAAACACGGUUUUGCUAUAAAUUAUUUCGAUUCUAAUAAUUGCCCUUAAUCUAAAACAGUAGGUAAAAUAUAGUAGCCCUCUAUCUUGGUCGCAAGAAAAACAUUAACGUCACCGCACGUUAACGUGACGUCAUUGUAGCGUAAGAGUGUUUUAACAGAGAAAAGCAAGAUUACGCAAAUAUUUAUUACUGUGAAAUAAUAAAUUUCAUGGACACAAAAUUUCAUGUUUUUUUUUCCAUAAUGGCUAUUUUAUGAAAUUGCAAGUUAUUGAUUUCUAUUUGGCAGUAAAAUGAAUGGGACUUGAGUUUGCUCAAUGGAAUUUAAUUUUGUGGGUAGAAACAACUAGGAAAUCCAGGAAAAUAAGUCCCCCAUGAAUAUUAAUAAUUUGACAGUGUUCAUUUUUCAUUCAGUAAACAGAAGGCUUUAUUGCUCCCCAUAGUACUAAAUGUUGAAGAUGAACUCUUAUUAGCUCACCUGAGCACUGCUCAGGUGAGUUUUUGUGAUCGCUCAAUGUCAGGCGUCUGUCUGUCUGUUGUCUGUCAACAUUUAGCUUGUGUAUGCGAUAGAGGCUGUUUUUUUCAAUUAAUCUUCAUGAAAUUUGGUCAGAAUGAUUGCCUUGAUAAAAUCUAGGCUGUUUUCUUAAAUGGGUCAUCUAGGGUCAAAAACUAGGUCACUAGGUCAAAUCAAAGAAAAACUUUGUGUAUGCGAUAGAGGCUGUAUUUCUCAAUUGAUCUUUAUGGAAUUUGGUCAGAAUGAUUGCCUUAAUGAAAUCAAGGCCGAGUUUGAAUAUGGGUCAAAAACUAGGUCACUAGGUCAAAUCAAAGAAAAACCUUGUGUAUGCGAUACACUGGCACCAGAUCAGAAAGGAAAUGCCUCGGUACGCGUUAUACCCUACCCCUAGGUAUUCUAUAAGAACCAUGGUCAUGAAUGGGAAAGUGCACUAACCCGUUUCAAUCGUUUAUUUCUCAACAAACGCGCAGUUCGGUGAAUGGGUACCUAGUAUAUUGAACAAGCGAUAAUUUAUCUUCCAUCGUGCACCAGUCACAUUGUCUCAAUAUUCCAUAUUGCUGAGAUUAUCAACAUAUUUUAUGCUUUCUUAAACGUUACAGAAAAAACUUGCUUGACCUUCCCUAAUGAACAUCCGGUCUAGAGGUCACGGCAGUGUGCACAUGUUUGGUGAAAUGUAAACAAACAAAAACAGAAUUUAAAAAAAUCACAAUUUUACACUAAAACUCAUUUUGUAUAUGAUCUUUAAUUUGAAAUCAUACAUUGGUCUGCAUCUGUUCUGUUUAUUUUAUUCAUUUUGCACAUUUAUGCUGCAUUUUCACAUUUUAGUGAACACGUGUAGUAAAAUGAUGAUUGACAUACAUUUUCACAACAGCCAAUCAGAAUGGUUUUGUAAUCUAGAACGGAACUUCACCAGGGAAGUUCAAGCAACUUUUUGUGUAACGUUGAAAUAACUAUAAACUACAUGUUGUUUUUCUAAGAUAAGAUGUAUUGAAAAAAUGUGACUGGUACACAAUGGAAGAUAAAUUACAACUUGUUUGAUAUCCAUAGCACACAUUUACUGAACUGCGUGUUUUAGGUAUGAAAUGCGUGAUUGAAAUGGGUGAGUAUAUUUUCCUGUUCACGUCCAUGGUUCAUAUAGAAUACCUAGGGUAGGGUAUAACACGUACGGAGGCAUUUUCUUUCUGAUCUGGUGCCAGUGAUGCGAUAGAGGCUGUAUUUUUCAAAUGAUCUUCAUGAAAUUUAGUCAGAAUGAUUGCCUUGAUGAAAUUUAGGUCGAGUUCGAAUACUGGUCAUCUUGGGUCAAAACCUAGGUCACUAGGUCAAAUCAAAGAAAAACCUUGUGUAUGCGAUAAAAGCUGUAUUUUUCAAUUGAUCUUCAUAAGAUUUUGUCAGAAUAAUUGCCUUGAUGAAAUCUAGGUUGAAUUCGAAUAUGGGUCAUCUGGGGUCAAAAAGUAGGUCACUAGAUCAAAUCAAAGAAAAACUUUGUGUAUGCAUUAGAGGCUGUAUUUUUCAAUUGUCUUCAUGAAAUUUGGUCAGAGUAAUUGCCUUGAUGAAAUCUAGUUCGAGUUCGAAUAUGGGUCAUCUGGAGUUAAAAAGUAGGUCACUAGGUCAAAUCAAAGAAGAACCUUGUGUAUGUGAUAGAGGCUGUAUUUUUCAAUUGAUCUUCAUGAAAUUUGGUCAGAAUGAUUGCCUUGAUGAAAUCUAGGCCAUAUUUGAAUAUGGGUCAUCUGGGGUCAAAAACUAGGUCACUGGGUCAUAUCAAAGAAAAUACUCGUUUAAACUCAAGAGACAGAGACCUUUUUUGGUCCAGUUCUAAUGAAAAUUGGCCAGAAUAUUUGUUUCCAUGAAAUCACUAUGUCAAACAUGUUUACACUGUUAUGGUGUGUUUCUCAGGUGAGCGACCUAGGGCCAUCUUGGCCCUCUUGUUGUCAUUUGUUUUCUGUUUGUUAAACUGUUAUCUAUGGACAACAAGUAAUUUGUCACAUUGACAGCUUUAAUUUUGAAGCUAUUUUAACCAAUUUAUAGGAAAGGUAUUACCUGAUACAGCACCCUAGCUACAAUAUUAUUGGCAACAACUAAACUUUAUUACUAUAUUGUCACUUGGGUGUAUUUGGAGUAGAAAUUUGGGCAAUAAAACAAGUUAUGAAAUCUGCUCAAAAGAUUAUUAGUUAAUGCCAUAGAGUAAAAUAUCAACCUUUAAUACUGCCUUUUUAAUUCAGGCAAUUUAUUUUUGUGUUUGCAUUUUUUGUGCUGCCAUGAACUAUGUUAUAUAAUAUUACAAUUUUAUGCAAAUGAAUUCUGUGAUAAGAUACCAUGUUUCUUGUUUUAAUAUAAAAUAUGACUGUUA